AUGGAACAGCUUCUGCAGUACCUGGACCGCUUUUCUGAAGUCGUGGCGGUGUCUGGCACGACCCACGUCAGCACCUGGGACCCCACCACCGUUCGCCGGGCCUUACAGUGGGCUCGCUACCUGCGCCAUGUGCACGGACGCUUUAGCGGCCACGGUCGCAUCCGCACGGCCGUGGAGCGGCGCUUGCGGAGCCACUGGAGACCCCGCGGCGAGCGGGGCCCAUGCCCGGGGUGGCUGAGCUUCCGGGCCCUCGGGCACUGUGACGCCCUGCUGGCUCUCCGCCUGUUGCGGAACCGGGCUCUGGGGGAGGCUGCGUAUCACGCCCUGCUGCGGCAGCUCUUUCCCGGGCCCGGAGUCCGGGAUGCCGAGCAGGCCACCCUCCCCGACAGCCUGCUGGGUCUUGCCCGCCGCGGGUGCGCGAUCCACCUGCUGCGCGGCCACGGCAGCCGAGCGACCCCCGACAUCCGGCAGGACCCACUGGUAAAGACCCAGGCCGAGCUGCUGCUGGAGCGCGUGCAGCAGGCGGGAGAGGCCGGGGGCGCCGCCGGGCUUCUCGGCAGCCUGUGGGAGUGCGGGCCGCACACCCACUUCCUGCAGGUGCUGGCGGUGGCGCUGGUGCCCCCUCCCGCGUCCUCCGGGCCCCCGUCGCAGCUGGAAGGGGACGACGACCCCAGGACACCCACCGAGGCGAGUCAGGAGCUCAUCCGUUGGCUCCUGAGCGAGCCCGAUGUCCGGACUGCCUUUUGCCGAACCCUCCCAGCCGGGCUCUUGACUUCGGUGGCAAGUUGUCACCCAGCGUUUGCACGCGUCUACAUGAGCCUGCUCAUUGCCUGGGGGCGACGUCUGCAUUACGACCUCCAGCAAGGCCUUUGGGUUGGAACUGAGUCCCAAGAUAUGCCCUGGGAGGAUCUGUAUGAUAGAUUUCAAAGCCUCUGCCUGGCCCCCCCACCACUGAAGAACGAGGUCCUCACUUCUCUGGAGUCCUGUAAAGCCCAGGAUGGAGAUUUCCAAGUCCCUGGGCUUAGCAUCUGGACCGACCUGUUUUUGUCCCUGCGCCCUGUUGUACGACACGGCUGUGGAGAGUGAGAAGGGCGGGUUUAUGGCCCAAACUGCAGGUCUCCUUGGGCCUCGUUCUCUUAUCAAUAAUGUGAAUAGGUGGUGUACAAAAUGAAAAAUGCCAGUGUUGCUCA